UCAGACAAUACACUGGUAUUCAUACUGUGCAUAUUCUGUGGUUGGUACCUAUACAGUGUUGGCACUGAACACAGCUUUCUAUUAUUUCACUCAUGGGCAACCUGAAAAGUGCCUUCCUUGUACUUGUCUCCUCGGCAUCACAUUAUGUCACGUGCCUUUCAUUCGAUGUGUGUUGUCAAAAAAUCGUGGUAAAUAUCAUUCAUUAAUCGCUUUCGCUGGACACUACAUUUACCCUGACCAUCAUGAACGAAGCGAACACAAUCAAAUUUGUUCGGAAGAAAUGGACGCCUCAAUGAGAAAUUUUUUGAUCAAAUUAGCGCUCCUGAUAUUCGGAGUCCAGUGUGGAAUAUGGGGCCCCAUUUACGUUUACUUUUCUGCAGGCCUUAAAACGACGACAAUUGAAGUUAAAUUUCCAUUUACCGAGGAAAAAUCGAAUGCUGAAUAUGCUAUGAACAUGUUGCUUCAAUGGAUCGGUUUUGGUACUGGAGGUUUGAUUUUUUUUGGAAUUGAAGUAGCGAUGCAGAUUAUCGGAAAUGUUGUCACCGUUUCAUCGAAACUAAUUAGAAACCGGCUCAAAGAAUUGGACAAAAAGAUUGAAGAGAAUAUGCUGUCCGAAUUGGAGUUGCGCUUUGUAUUUAAAGAUAUCACGAAGGAAAUUCUCGAUUAUGAAAACUACGUCAACUGUGUUCGGGAAUUUUUAGCUGAACGAACAUUGAUAACCCCGGCGCUAUUUACCUACUCAAUUGGGAUGGCCAUAUUUUGUCAAUAUUCGAUGGGUUUUGUGGCUGGAUAUGGUAUGUCUUUAAUGGCGUGGGUCCAAUUCUUCUACGUAUGUGAGGUUGGCGAACAAGUCGAGAGUAGUGGACUGGAUGAGAUUCUUUACGAUAUAAACUGGUACAAUUUUCCAAAGGAAAUGCAAAAGGAUUUGAUGCAUCUCAUUAAUCAUAGACAGAACGCAGCAGCUCUAACUGUCGGUCCAUUUGGCAAUGUUAAUCGUAAUCUCGUCACAGUUGUAACCAACAAGAUUUAUUCUUUCGUAAUGUUCUUACAUAAUUUCACUGCUUGAGUGGUUUUAAUUUUCUUCAAAUCUUAAAGCAACCAGGUCAACUCGUCCGGGUUUGUUCUUUAUCUUAUAAAUUAUCAGCCACAUGGUUAAAAGUUCAAAAUAACUUCACGCUUUAUAUGUCGAUAAAUUAAAUGAAAAUGUUUCCUACGUCUUAUAACUCUCCUAUUUUAACUUUUGCAUCUCUUGUACUCUUGUAAUCUUUUAUUUUGCAUUAAAAUGAAUUUAAAGUAUAGCUAAAAACGAUGGAAUUAAUAUAUUGUAUGGACUUUUAACUGUCACUUUAUAUGUUAGAUGUUUUUAAUGUUCACCAAAGCAUUUUAUCGCUUUUC